AUGAUUUCUCAAAUAGUUGUAAUAGUAACAACUGUUAAAUUACUUUUUAUUCCAUUAUAUCACUCUACAGACUUUGAAGUCCAUCGAAACUGGCUGGCAAUCACACAUAACUUGACAUUAGACAAAUGGUAUUAUGACAAUACGUCAGAAUGGACCCUGGAUUAUCCACCAUUCUUUGCAUGGCUGGAGUUUGUGAUGUCUUUUAUUGCUAAAUAUUUUGACCCGCAAAUGCUGUACUUAACUAAUCUAAACUACAAAUCUGAUAUGACUAUACUAUUUCAAAGGCUGUCAGUUAUAGUUCUGGAUUUUGUAUAUGUCUACAGUGUGAAGAGGUUGUCCAGUUUCAUUGGUGAUGGAAAACUUCUGGUAUUCAUAUUGCUGAUGUCCUGUCCAGGUCUAUUGAUGAUAGACCACAUACACUUCCAAUACAAUGGAUUCUUGUUUGGAAUCCUUUUAUACUCCAUAUCACAUAUCAUAGAAAAUAAUUGUCUAAUAGCAGCAUUUUGGUUUGCAGUGCUGUUGAAUUUGAAACAUAUAUUUUUAUAUGUAGCCCCUGUGUACAUUGUGUACUUAUUCAGGGCAUAUUGCUUUACAAUAUCUUCAGUUGAUGGUGUUCAUACUCCUUGGUAUUCAUUCUCUUUGACAAAUCUGUUCAAACUGGCAUUCACAGUGAUUUUUGUCUUUGGACUUUCAUUUGGACCUUUUAUUUAUCAUAUUCCACAGAUUUUAUCAAGACUAUUUCCCUUCAAAAGGGGAUUAUGUCAUGCCUACUGGGCGCCGAACUUUUGGGCGAUAUACAACUUUGUUGAUAAGGUGUUACAAACUAUUGGUACAAAAUUGGGAUUACUGCGGAUCCCGAGAGCUGAGGCGUCCAUGACAGGAGGUCUGGUGCAGCAAUACGACCAUGCGGUGUUACCAUCAAUCACUCCCACAAUGACUAUAGUUCUAACUGUCGUGACGAUGAUACCAGCGCUCAUUAAACUGUGGCAUUUGUGCGCUGACAGAAGAUACAGGGUGUUGAGUUUUGUAAGGUGUAUGGUGGUCUGUGCGGCUUGCUCCUUUUUGUUCGGCUGGCACGUUCAUGAAAAGGCCAUACUUAUGAUAUUGGUGCCGUUGACUUUCCUCUCAGUGCUGGGCGACGUCGACGGCAAACAGUUUUUAAUUCUAACAACAGUCGGGAACUAUUCCUUAUUCCCACUGCUAUAUCCAAAGAAUUUAUUUUCUAUUAAGUUUUUCAUAUUAUUGACACAUGUAGCUUUAGCUUUUGUUAAUGUAAGAACUUUAUAUGAGCCUGCGAAAGUUAAAGGCGGUAGGAGGAUAAGAGUGCUUCGCUUGCCAAUGCUGAGGCAAAUAGAGUCUUUAUAUUUAUACGGUUUAAUAGUACUUUGUGUGUAUGAUAAUGCUAUUCAUGCGCUCUGGGGCUUAGACAAAACGUUGCCGUUUUUGCCCCUGAUGCUUACAUCCGUAUAUUGUUCGAUAGGAGUUAUAUACGUAUGGCUUUGUUAUUAUUAUUAUUUCUUAACGUUCAAUGUUAGUCAAGUCCCCACGCUGUGCUCGGUUAACUUAGCAGAAAAAUAUAAGAAAACAAGUUAA